AUGUGCGCCGCUCUCAAAGCUGUAAAAGUACAGAACGCUAACCAACUCACUGGGCCAGGUAACGACAGCAAACUGAAUGGCAGAAAGGCGAAACCGAAGAGACUCCCAUCGAAAGGCAUUUGCGGGUUAGGAGAAUGUCAUCGGGUAGUAAAAAUCGGUCUAGCUUGUUCGCACUGUUUGGAAUGGUACCAUACGAAAUGUGCAAAUGUGUCCCAACAACAGUUACGGGAGCGAAAUAGCUCCCAAGAUGCAUUUUGGUUCUGUACUGCGUGUUCCACCAUCCCCCUCGUUAAGUGCUUGCUUAUCCUAGCUGAGAAAUGCGACCGGUUAAUCGCAGAAGCAGAGCAGAGGAUAAACAAUGAGAUUACUUCAAUGGGAGCGAGUAUGGACCACAGAAGCGUAGCGGCUGCUAAGCAACGGAAUGCUGAACAAAUCGAUUC